AUGUUCAUCCUUCCAUUCCUUUUGGCUGCCGGCAGCCUCCCCCUCAUUUCCGGGGCGCCGAUAGCAUCCUAUCUUUACAAGAAGUCUGCAGACGCAGUGUCCAGUCCUUCCAUUGUUGAACGCAGUACCGUUGUUGAACGCAGUUCCGAUCUUUAUGAAGCAGUUUUUGGUGGUGAUGGUUCGACCGCCGACGGGUGGCCCACGAUCUCGGAGUGGAUCUCCACUUUUGACGAGAUGUUCGAAGCCAACGAAGCUGUCAUGUCCGCGAGCUGUGCUCAAUUCGACGUGGCAGAUAACUCCGAUGCUGAGAACGCCGAUAUCAAGACCGCCAUCCAAGCUGUCGCUACCUCCAGCGGUGUGGACGCCCGUUUCAUUCUCGCCAUUGUCAUGCAGGAAUCCAACGGCUGUGUCCGUGUCCAGACUACCGACAACGGCGUCGUCAACCCCGGUCUCAUGCAAAGCCACGACGGCUCCGGCUCCUGCAACAAGGACGGCACAGUCCAGAACCCCUGCCCCUACAGCGAGAUUCACCAGAUGAUCGUCGAUGGUGUUGAGGGUACCACCGAGGGUGACGGUCUCGAGCAGCUCCUCACUGCUGAGGGCGGCUCCACCGCUGAGGAUUACUACAAGGUCGCUCGUUGCUACAACUCUGGCUCCGUUGAUUCGGACGGUAACCUCGGCCAAGGCGUUGCCACCCACUGCUACGCUUCCGACGUCGCCAACCGUCUUCUCGGCUGGUCGUCCGGCACUAGCUCCUGUGACGCCGAUACCGUCGGCGACUUGACCGACUCCGACUGGUCAGGCAGCAGUACUAGCUCUGGAAGCACUACUUCUGCCUCGUCCUCGGCCGUUGCCACGACUUCCACCGUCUCGACCGUUGUCCCAGAGGCCACUACCUCUGCCGCCGCUACCACCGUUGUCCCCGUGACUACUGCCGCCGCCACUACUGCCGCCGCUACUACCUCGACUGCUGCCGCCGUGCCCACCACCACUUCCGUGGCCGUGAUCCCCACUGCAGCUGCCACCAGUGCCGCGACUACUACCGCUGCUGCAUCCGCCACUGCGUCGGCUUCAACUUCGACCUCCACUGACCCCGUCUACCCAUACGCGACUUCGUCUUGCACAGAGUACUACUCCGUGGUCUCGGGCGACUACUGCGAAAAGGUCGAGAGCCAAUACGGCAUUACUGCGUCCGAACUCCGAAGCUGGAAUUCAGGAUUGGACGAAUCCUGCUCAAAUCUCUGGUUGGGAUACCAAUAUUGUGUCAAGGCAUAA